CUGUGUUUCAGUUUAUACACUGGUGAUACUCGCUGAAUAUGAUGUAUCAAGGAAUUGAAUACAACGUUUUGAAAGAAAUGUCUGUUUCUCAGAUACCAAUAAAUAUACUCAGCAUGUCUUGCUUUUUAAUAUCACUCAAUGUUCUUCAAAGCUACUCGUCUUUCUUUAUAAUAUGAUCAUAUCUUCAAUAACAACCUCUGAGAACAGAAUACACUAUCCAACUCCAUAUCUAUGCUUGAGAUCACGACUAACUCAUUCUAUUAUCAAUUUCAAAUCUCUAUUGUUGAUAUUUCUUCUAAUCAACCUACAACUCUACCACUUAUUGUUCAGUAACCUAUUGUUUAUCUCAACAAAUAAUGGUGGUAAUGCUAUUGAUAUUGCUAACAGUGAUGAUGAAUUCAUAGAUAUACUAUAUUAUAGUGUCAAAUCUUCUUUUAUCAAUGGUUUAAACGAAUCAAGUUUGCUAAUAGAUACCUAUCUAGAUAGUUCAAUUACCAUUUAUAACUCCAUAAAUGAAUCUAUCUCAAUUUUGAACAAAACUUCAUAUAUAAAUUCAACUUAUAAUUUAUCUUCAGUGAUUAAUAAAUACAUUGAUCAAUUCAUUGAUUAUCUUGAUGAAAAUGAUUUAAAUACAUUUGAUAAUUCAUCAAUCGUAUUAUUUAAUAGCUCAAAUUUGGACUCUAUCAAUAAUUAUAAUUCAAGUAUUUUUAGUGAUUUAGUCUCUCAAAGUUCAGCUUUAAACCAAUCUUUGACAACAGUUAAAACUUCAAUGAUUUCAUUUGACAAUAGCAUAACAAAUUUGAUGAAGAAUUUGCUAAAUAAUGAUGAAGGGUUGAUUUCAUUUGGUGAUUUAUUAACAUCAUCAAAAUCAGAUUACUUGAAUUCAGCUAACACUAAUAUAGAUAUCUUGCUUGAAAAUCAAGUUCUUUUAUUCGAUAAUCUUUAUAAUGAUUUAACAAAUACAACUUUUAAAAUAUUGAAUGAUCUAGGUGAUUGUUUUAACAAUAGUUUAAAUAAUAAUAUCAAUGAACAGGUCAAUGACUCAUUUCAAGAUUAUCGCAAUAAUAUUUUUAACCGAAUUGAAUUCAAUAUUUUUAAUACAAAUUAUAUUAAAUUGAAUUAUAUUAAAAAGAAUUUGCAUAUCCCUUUAUUUUUAAAUAAAUUAAAUUCAUCGUUUAUAGAUGUAUUUGAUUCUUAUCAAAAUAACUUGACAACUAUACUUUCUUCAAAAGAUGUUGAAAUUACAAAUAAUGUUGAUAAAAUUGAUAAAAUUAAAUCAAAAUUUAAAAUUAAAUUUAUUGUUUUUUAUACAUUGAUAAUAUUCUUGAUGAUUUUAUUUAUAAUUAUAGAUCUUGUUUAUCAAUGGUUUAAAUUUAGAUUUGAACAGAAUAAUGCUAACCAAAUCAUAAAUAUUUACAGCGAUAUCACUAAUGAUAAUAAAAUGAAAAUCGACUCAUUGGUACCGAUUUUUUUUAUCAUAAAUCCCGAAACUGAUUUUGUUUUGAAAAGAUUAAUUAAAAUUAUUGAGAUUUUGCCAUAUGGUAAAUUUGAAAGUUUUCAAAGAAAAUUUUUUGGUUAUAAACUCAAUUUGAUUUUAAUUUAUGCAAAUUGGUUAAUCAAUUAUUUUAUUGGAAUUAGUUCAAAUUUUUUAAAAUUGAAUUUCGUUUUAAUAAUUUUAUUAAUUAAUUUUUCAUGUUUAAACCAUCUAGUUAAAUAUUCCAAAAGCCUUAGUUUCAACAAUGCAAAUAAUAAUUAUAAUCAAAAUGAAUUGAUCGAAAUUAAUAUAAAUUUCAUUGAUGAAGUAACACUGUCCAUUCAUAAGCAAAUAAAUGAAAAUGAAAUCAUAAGCAUAGAUUCAAAAUUGACUGGAUUAUUAGUAUCAAAUUUCAAUUUAACCUUUGGAAACAUUAAAGAUAAUUUAAAUUAUCUAAUUAAUACUAUUAUUAAUAACAAUAAAAUCACUUAUUCAAUAAAUUAUCAACUACUUGAAUUAUUUGAGAAUUUUAAAUCAAAUUUAGCUGCAGUCUUAAUCAUUUUGCUUUCUAUGAUUUUAGCCUAUCUUUUCGGUUCAAUUUUAUUUGCAGUUUCAAGAAUUAAAUUAAAACCAAGUUAUUGGAAAAGCAAAAACGUAAAUAAUGAAGAAAAUGCUGAAAAUAUCGAGGAGAACAAUAAAAGAGGUUUAGAUUUUGAUGAGUAAAAUAUAAAAAAAAAAAGUAUGCAUGUAUAUACCAUACAUGCAUUGAUAUUGCAUAUCAGUUUUUAAGCUCAAUA